CCCUCGCGGGAGCCAAACUGAUUGCUUUUGGAGAUUCACGGUUUAUAUGCACCAUGGUACUCUUUCCCAGGCCCACCUCCUAUAAACCCGACCAAUCACAAUCUCAAGAUCGGAAGAUCGGCAUACUCUAAUGACCAAUCAAAUCCCGUAGAGAAAGCACCUCUCUCUGUAGAGGGGGAUAAGUAAAUUGAUCGCCUUUCCUGUCAGCGAUUGACCUUUGCGUCAUACGAUACCUAAGAUGUGCGCCAUCGUUAUACAUGGUCAGCGGAACAUUGGUACUGUGUGUGCCCGUCACCGUGUUGUUCGCAUAAUUCGUACAUGAAAGCUUUUUUGUGAAGCGGAAGCUACUUCUUUAGGGAAAGAAAGACGGGGAACCGGUGUAGACCCGAAUUAAAGUUCAAGAGGUGCAGUGGCAGUUCUUCAACUAUGUUUGAGAUGUGUUCCUGAAACAAAAUCCUGAAACAAAGGGCCUGCAAGCACUUUCGCCUUGCGAUCUGCAAGUGAGAGCUCUGGACGCCGGAAACAAUAUGUUAAAUUAGAAUACUUUCUUGUGUCACCACUGCAAGCACUGCAGCCAGCAUUACCACCUUUCUGCUCUCCACUCUCAAACUGCUGUUCGGGGCCAUCACCAUGGAAGAAGCGCAUAAUGUCAUUUACCUCUCUACCUGUUGAAGUGGAACAUUUGUGUCCCAUGUCCAUCAAGCAUUCUACUCUUGUUUCUAUGUAACACAGCUUCUCUGCUUCAGAAGAGCCACAUCUCCCAAUGAUGUAAACAUGAGGCUUCUCCACUAGACUGAUAACAUCAACAUCACCAUGGCCAUAUUCUUUCAUUUCAUCGCUUGUAUAAAAAAAUGCUGGAUCGUACAGAAACUGAACGAGCAAAAGAAUAUGGCCAUGGUUCAUUGCUGUUGAGUUAUCACUCCAAACCAUGAUGUUUUUUUUGGAGCUAUUAAAUCUGUAAAGUUUGGGAAAUGCCUAUUUAGUUUUUGGGAAAGAGUAUUUCUAAGUACUUUGUAAAUUGGGCAAGAAAGGACAAGAAAGUGUUCUUCCCUAUCACUUUUACCCUGAACAGCCCCCCCCUUCCUCUCCCUGGAGACGACUCAACUUUGCUCCAAUAUAUAAGCCCAUAGACAAGUCGAUUUUUAGCCUGCGUGUAUCCGGUUUCAUUCCCUGCUAGCAGAGGCCUCGUUUCUUUGUAUUUCGCUGGCCUGGAAAAAUAAAAAGGAAAGAGGCCUCUGCUAGCAGUGAACCGGUUUCAAAAUUCUUUUUGAAACCGGAUGCACGCAGGCUAGUCGGUUUGCCGCUUUCGAGUGUUUUGCCAGGCUUCGUGUCAGAAGUGACAUCAUUAACGAAUAAGCCCCUCAGCCAAUAGAAAGGGGACAAGGCUAACACUCGUUUGUGACACUGUGACAGUCGCAUCGACAGUUCGGGGCAGUGUAUGCAAAGAUUAACCAAAUUUUAUCCAUCUAAAUGUUUCUCAGUCCGAGAAGGUUCAAAGCUUUUUGUUGUUAAAGACCCUGAUUUUAUAGUAAUAGUUAAUGUGAUAGUCAUUGUUUAGUCCUGGACGGCAAGAGCCUGGUAAUGAAUCUGCCUUAUGUCUUUCCCGCCGUUAUUCAAAUCAACUACACAAGCUUGUGUAGUUGCAGUGAACAAAACGAAUUUUUAGCGACAUUGUCCCUCAUAAUAACCACCGGAUUUCGCUAUUCACGAGAUGGACGACCACGCAAAUGCUGUCUUGAAGGAGUUACACUCCCUCCAGUUGCCUUGGGACGAGGUUCUGCCUCAAUCACAUGUAGAUUGGCUAGAUGUGUUCAGCAAUGCCCACAGUGUUGUAAAAGAGAUAAUGUUUCCAGCUAUAUUGACUGGAAUUUCCGGAGUAAUGGCUCCAAGAACGACCAUCAAACUAUCAAAAAAUGAGUACGAGCCAGUUAAUCUCUUCACUGUUAUUUUGGCCCCGACAGGCGCGGGAAAGACGGCAGCAAUGAAAGCAGCCAUUGAUGAGCCACUAAGUGCUUUAGAUGAGAGCUGCGAGGCACCUAUUCUUAUUGAGGACUUUUCAAAGUCCGGCCUUUUUAACCACCUUAAAAACACAGACGGGAUGGGAGUCCUCUGUAAGGAUGAAAUUCACAUCCUUAUAAAGAAAUUGCUUAGCGGGAAAAAGAAGGAGCUUGAUAAAGACAUAUUUAUUAAGUUAUUUGACAAUGGUUCUUGGACUGUAAAUAAAGGCAACUCGGCAAAAAGGCUUCGCCUACCCCGUGUCGCUUUGGCAAUGAUCGGCUUCAGUCAGCCAUGCAGCUUUUUUGAGCUCUACGCCAAAAUGGCAGCCGUGGGCAACGGGUUUGUUGACCGUAUUCUGUGUUGUUGUCCUCUUCCCAAAUGUCUAAGCUGUACCGAUCGUAUUAGAGCGGCGGCUUCCCUGCAACGGAAGUUUGGGACGAUGCAAAGUCUCGAGAACGUUUACCAAUAUAUUUAUAGCCGCCACAACACCAAUCAGGAAAAAGUAUUCACGCUAAGCCAGGAGGCGUUCCAGUAUUUUGUUCAAGAAGAACAAAAGUUCGUAGAUGCGCUGAAUGCGAUCUUUGCCUGUGAGACGGUACAAGAGACGCCCACUAAUAUAUCUAAGGCUUCAAAACUCGUGCUAAGGAUUGCAGCAUCUUUGCAUGUGUUUGUCGACAGACUGUCGCAAGCCCUUGAAGAAAUCCCGGCAAGAGACACACCAACUGUGAUAGAGCUCCCGGAAAUGAAGCGGGCAUUUGCCCUUGGCAAAUGGUUUAUGGACAGCCGGUACAUUCUUGAAAAGUUGAUCAAAGGCAAGACAAAGAAUAAUGUCUUAUCUGUACAAAAUAAGAUGAUCCAAGGCAAGUCAACAAAUGGUGUCCCUUUACAAAAAAGUGUCCUUUCAGUGGAUGGACCAUUUGUUACAUUUCGCUUGGCAUGUCGAGCUUCCCAUGCCCACAAGCCGGAAGUCCGCGAAGCAAUGAAAAAGCUGGAAGAGCAGGGCCUUGGGUCACUUGACGAAGACAAGAAAGUAUUUUAUAAAGCUCUCCCUUCAGCCCUAGAAAAUCUUAAGGGUCAACUCAAACUCUAUGGAGUUGAUUUGGCGGAUUAUAACUCAACGUUUUGCGUUAAAAAUUCGUCCCUUUCGGCGGCCCAAUGGAAGACCGUAAUGGCCAAUUCUCCAGACAGAGCGGGAUGUCAAAGCUGCGGCUGGCUCAAGAAGCAGAAAAAAGAGCAAGUGAAGAGCUUAUCCAGAGACUUAUGAAAGAGAGUGAAAGUGAUGCACUGGAAAGAGAACAACAAAGAUUUAGGGAUGAAGAGAUUGCAAGGCAAUUGCAAAACAAGGUUACCCCAGCAGCACCAACCACUGUGGAUCAGGACUCAACCUCUCCAAGCUCUACUGUAAAACAAGCUCAAAAAACAACAAAGAAACAAUUACCUACUUUAAUGAAAUGGUUCAGUCCGAAAUCUAAGGACGAAACACCCACUCAGCACAACCAAAGGUGUGAAAGCAACUCUGACGGUUACUCUAGUGCCGAAACUCUUUCCCAAGAUAACCUUGCUGCCUUGUCUGAGGUUGAUCCUGCGUAUGCAGAGUUGCUGAAACAAAAACAGCUACAAGAGGAGGAAGAUUUUAAGCUUGCACUAAGACUGCAGAAAGAAUUGAACGCUGAGGCUCGGGAGGAGCAAAGAUUGGAACGCUGCAAAGGGACAGUAGAUGGCUACUUGUUACGUAAGCAUGUAACAUCUACUAGGACUACAAGAAAGGAUGACUGUCAUGAAAAAUAAGGGAGUUUUUUUUUGAAUAAGUACAGUUUGGUAAAAAAAUUUUAACAUUUCUACUUCUUGAAAUCUUUUUUACAUUUUUAUAAAAAAAGUAUAGAAUAUUAUAAAGAUAUAUUUUUUUGUAGGCUGGGAAGCUUGACACGUUUUAUGUGAGGCUUUAUUUUAAUUGCUCAACCCUUGAAUUUUUCAAUUUGUGAUAUAUUCUCGGAUCCGUUUCAACCAAACAACUUAAAUCCCAAAUCUUAAUUGUAAAUCUAACAUAUAGCCAAAUUUGUUGUUGCAGUUUCAAUGCUUUGGUGCAUUUUCGGAUCUGUCAAACAUGGAAGGAGGCAGGUGUAAAUAAGCUUGCCUCUUUCAAGUUCAGUUAAAAACAUGACUCUAGCUUUUCCCAAACAAUUGCAUUGGCAAGUGGUUUUUAUGCUAGAAUAUGAUUAUUGAUGGAUAAGAAAAUGCAGCAAUUUUUUUCGAGUUUUGAAAAUGGAGGGUGUGAUACAACGAAUUUGGUUAAAAAAGCUGAGGAUUUUAAGAUUUGAGAUGUAAACUAUAUUAGCAGGGGAAAACUCUUUUUAUAUUUCAUCAAAUGAGACAUUCCUAUUGG